AUGCCUCUCCCCCUCUCUUAUCCCGGCCUCAAAUGUGUUCUUGAAAACUUGGAGGCAGUUAAGCGAGCACAUAUCAUUUCCCGUGCACCAGGCCUUCAAAAAAUAGAUAAAUUGAUUCCACUUUGUUUGGAGAAUUUUAAUAUUGGAAGUCAGAAUCUGACUAUCAACAAAUUAUUGAUCAUAUGUCAUGAAGAUGAAGUGAGAUUCUAUUUGAAUUGGAAAACAUUCAGCCGACAGAGAGCGGAGACAAAAGGAGACAAAACGAAGAAAUUGAUUAACUUUUAUAUUUGUGGAAGAUCGAAAAUCCGUGUGCACAAGUUGGAUUGGAGUUCCAGUUUGUUUUCAGAUUUCUUGGGUGUGGAUGUGAAAUUUACAGUGAAUUCUUUGGAAGCACUCUUUGACUUUGAAACUGCACUUCUUCACAUAGACCCUCAAAGUUUUUCUCUAAAAACUGUGGUUACAAUCCUCAAGUGCUCAACAUUAUUUGAUAACCAAGUUGUUAAGUCAGCGGAAACCCUUAUUCUGAUUCUUGUUCAUGACUUCAGAGUCACUGUUGAAGACCUUAAGAAACUUAACAACAAGACCGUGGAUUUUAAACGCUUCAACACCAAAAUUGAUAUGGUUUCAUUGAUUAAAUAUCACGUUGAAACUAAAAAAGAUAUUGGAACCACUUUUGUGAUUCCAACAGAUGACAAAGAUUUCCUCAAUGAGAACUUACGUGAGUUUGAACAAGCGUUUGGUGAAUUCAGAAGUGAUUUGGAUGGCGUUAAUGAGAGGUUUGUUCCCGGAUCAUCUAAGUUCUCUAUCCCAAUCAACAACGAGUCUAGAAUCCAAGUCUACGCAGUUGAGGAUCCAGAAGAAGGUGGUCGAUUGAAAAUUGUGAUUAAACCAGUUCCGGAAUUAUGA